AUGGACAAUCAUGCAAAUGUGGGAGUCUGGAGGACUGGAACCUUCCUCGAUGGACCUGAGGUCCCAUCUAGGCUUUUAAUUCGAUCAUUUAAGUCCAAGAUCAAUAAACCCUUCAAAUUAAGGUUUGCAACAGGAUUUGAAGGUCACUUGAGUGAUCGCCUGAGUUGUCGCCUGAGUGCGCCUGAGACGAAGCUGUUCGCUGCCUCCCCGUCGCUGGAGAGAGAAGAAGCUGCUACCUGA